AUGCAUGUAAAUUUCAACUUCGAGACCCAAGUAAAAAUUGUGCUAGCUUCAAUGGCAAUUCACAAUUACAUUAGAAUAAGCGGUAGUGGUGAUGCAACAUUUCAAAUAACGCAAGAAGAAUCUUAUAUUCCACGCAAUAAUGAAGAACCCGAUGAUGAUAUUGAACCACAUGACGAAGUAUCAAGUACACGACGCAGAAGUGACGAUAUCUAUAUGAGUGCAGUACGCGAUAUGAUUGCGAGCCAAAUAUUCUCAAUGUCAAACGCUCGUGCACGUAAUGACAGUUGUUGGUGUCCGAUUCCUCAACCCUCAUCAUCAACAACACUGAUGCAUUUACUGAAAGAAAUGGAUCUGAAAUUAUAA